CUCUAAUAUGAGUCAAUACGAGGACACCGAAUGGACAGAUAUAUUGAAAAAACACGGAAUCAUUAAAGAGGAACCAAAAGUAGACACAAAAGAUGAAGAAACGCCACAAAUAUCAACGUUUGAAAAGAAAUUAAGUGAAAUUCAAACCGAAGACGAUUUGCUUGAAUUGGAUGAAAGCGAUGAAUGUAUACUAAGAGAGUAUCGUUUACGAAGAAUAGCUGAAUUAGAGGCUCAGUCGAUGACACCAAAGUUUGGUGACGUCCGAGAAAUAACAGCCUGUGAUUACGUACAACAGGUCAACAAUGCCGGACAACACAUACCCGUCGUUCUACUUCUUUACCAAUCCGGUAUUCCUGAGUGCACUGUUAUGUUGAGGAUAUUGAAUGAGUUGGCCGUCAAAUACCCGACCACGAAGUUCCUCAAGAGUAUAGCCUCUCUAUGUGUGGCCAAUUUUCCCGAUUCUAGAUUACCGACAAUCUUUCUCUACCAAAAUGGUAUACUUAAGAAACAAUUGAUUGGUUCGCAAACGUUUGGCGGAAAAGAUAACAUUAACAUUAAAACUGUCGAAUGGCUUUUAUCACAAAACGGAUUCAUAAGUUGUUUGGAUAAAGAGUCGCAAGAAAUCGAUAAGAAGUCAAAUAAAUUUUAUGAACAAUACUAAUGAUUAUUAGAAACAAUGCGACAAUAAAUAUAUUAAAAUUAUGAUUAUAUAAUAAUA